CAGUUAUUGGCCACUUAACUGCGGAGGAUUCUCCAAAGUGGCAAAAGGAGACCUGGCAGGAAAAUGCUGCUCCCUGAGCUGGGCUGGAGGGGCAGCCCGGGGAAGCCUUUGCGUUAGCAGCCCUCACAGAAAGGCAGAUGGGAGCAGAAAAUGUUGCGAUGAAGAAUAUGGAAUGAGAUGAGAUCACUGCAUCAGUCUGUCCUUUGUAGAUCUGGACAAUGAUCAGGGAGCCAGAUUGGAUUAGUGAAACCUAUUUACCGCAAGUUCAGAGCGGUCGCAUGAGGCUGGAAGGCAGUCGGGAGGGAGAGGCGGAAAAUGCACCAGAUUUACAGCUGCAGCGACGAGAACUUGGAGGUUUUCACCACCGUGAUUUCAUCCAAAACUUGUAGCCCUGCCCGGAGGAGAGCCAAAGGCACCCAGCACAUCCUGACCAAGAGUGUCGUGGCCGUAUCAGACCAUCGGCGCCCCCGGGCAGAGCAGCUGCAGCCCCACCGGGGGGAGCUCCUGCAGGCGCUGUGCAGCGAGGAUGAGCUGCGGGGCUUGGGGCACCUGCAGAGCAGGCAGAGGGGGCCCUGCCCCUCCAAGGUGGGACUUGCUGAACGAGAGCCAUCCAGAUCCUGUCACCACCUGUUGGAUGGAAAAUCUUUGUCCCCACCAUCACCAGUUGCCCGGAUCACAGCGAGAGCAGCAGUUGCCCCAGGCUCACCUGGAGGCCACAGCACUUCUACACAGGAGCACAGGCAGCGCUGGAGGAAGACAGCAGAGUAUGACCCGACCCUGCCACCUGGAGCAGAAGCUUCCCUGCCACUGACAGGAGGCAGCCUGUGUGGGACACCCAGCCUCCUGAGGAAGAUGUGGAUGAAGCACAAGAAGAAGUCAGAGUACCUGGGAGCGACAAACAGUGCCUUUGAGGCAGACUGAGGAGGCUCAGCAGCACCUGGAGAGACAGAAGGUCCUUGAGGCAGGACAAGUGCUGUGGGAUGGCUGCAGGGACAGCCACAGCACAGCUCAGCCAGGAUAACCACCUCCUCAGCCUGCUUGAUGCCAUUGCCUCAGAGCAGUGGCAGAAAGGCUGGCUGAGGGAAGAUGGUGAACAUGAUGCAUCUCCUUUGUUGUAAUCUACUUAAAGCCCAAGGUGCCCUCUAGAUUCAUGUCUGAGCUCAGUGCUGGCCCCCACCUGACAGGUCCUGUCUGAAUCAGCUCAGAAUCACAAC